AUGGGGACCACGACGAGCGGGUGCUGCUUCCCGCUCCGGGGAUCUCAGGCACCCACUGGGCCUGAAGUCCAGCUUUGCGAGAACUGCAAGCGUCUGGUACUUACAGAGAAGGAGGUUAUACAUAUGGCUAGGACCGGCAUGUGGGAGAUAGAAGGCUAUGAGAUGACGGAUUCAAGUCCCGACUUCCCCAAACUAAAAGAGUCGGCAGAGAACGGUUGUGACUUCUGUUUGUUUCUCAGGAAUACGCUGCUGUCGCCCGAGGUCGACUUUGACGCGGACGAAAUCCCUCGGAUUCGAAAAACUUACCGAGACGCUGGCCACCAGUUGCUCUUCCACCGAGCCGGCUACCGCAUGUCUAUUUAUGACGAGGGAAAGUUAUGGUUGUCGUUUGAAAUAUGGAUCGUUCAUGACGCAACAGGCGACAUGGAACUUCUACCGAGUCUCUCCCUUCAAGAUCCUCCAAAACCGCGUGUCGCGCCGUCGCAGAAUGCGCUUCAGUCAACGACGAAUCUGUUCUUGCGCCAGGCUAUCGAGAGGUGUGAUGCUUAUCACGACAAGUGCAAGGUCGGGAGAGACCCUGCUUUCCUCCCCACGAGGCUAGUAGACGUCCGAGACGAGAACGCGGUGCGACUUGUUGAGGGCUUCACUAUAGUCGGUGGUGACGAUGCCUCCUCGAGCAGUGCACCGAAAUACGCAGCUCUGAGUUAUUGCUGGGGCCCCAGAGCCCACGCCGAUCAACAGCUGAAGACCACCGACGAGAAUAUAGGUCAGCAUCUGUUUGAGAUCCCCAUGAAGGGCAUGCCUGCUGUGCUCAAGGACGCCAUUCGCGCAACUCGGGAGCUUGGCAUCCCCUUCAUCUGGAUCGAUUGCCUCUGCAUCAUCCAAGGAAAUCUACAGGACUGGGAAAAGGAAGCCGGCUCGAUGCACAAAGUCUACGGAAGCGCAUAUAUCACACUCUGUCCGACAAUGUCCAAGUCCUGCCUGAACGGGUUCCUCUUUCGAGACCCCCCGAGCAUUGUAUUCCCGUAUCACUCCUUGAACGGCCAGCCGGCCGGGAUGUACAGAAUCCGUUUCACCCGCUCCUGGAUUUGGAAAAUGUACUUGACUGUCCCGCACCAUCCUUUUGCCGUGGAUCUCAUCUCGGGGUCCUGGGUCCGAAGGGGAUGGACGUUCCAAGAGGCAGCCUUGUCUUCGAGAAUGGUCCUCUUUGGCGCCUCAGCAACCCACUUUCAUUGCCGGACCUCGCGGGUGACCGAGGGAGAAGACACUGAGACCUCUGUCAGUCUUGACGACUUGGGCUUGUUCCCUCUUCUGCCAAGCACGCUGUCGGGUGACAAGCUCGACGAGGCGUGGAAGCAUAUUGUCGCCUCCUACUCGCAGCGUAACUUUACCAAGCACACAGAUGCCAUCGCGGCGCUGGCGGGACUGGCUCAUCGUUUCCACUCUUUGCGGGAGAAGGAUGAGUACUGCUCCGGUAUGUGGCUCAGCCAGCUUCACGAGCAACUUCUCUGGCGCCGCGCCAUGUACGAGGGCAUCUCGUGGGGGUGGUUUUUUAACCUUCUUGAUCCUGAAUUGCCAGAACGAGUCCUCCUACAUGCGCCGUCGUGGAGUUGGAUACAAAGGAUCAAUAUCGACUAUCAGUAUAUCAGGGAUUCAGUUUUACCUACCGAACCUGAAGAUGAUGGCAGCGACGGCCACGGCGACAUGUCGAUCACACCGUCCCCGGGUUUGACUGACGAGACACUCCGGUUGGAAUGGAGGUUGCCGGGCAAGAGCGGCGAUGAGAGCUCAGUGGUGGAUCGCUUCAUGCAGUUCAGAGGCCAAGAGCUUGAGAUCACCGGCUUUGUUGCGCGGUUUCCGCUCGCCAACGCCGACAAACCCCUGGAAGUAGACGAACUCAGAGAGGCAGACACCAAUCUCUUCUGGAAGUGGACCAUUUCGGGCCAAUACUUCUGCCACACGAACUGGGACUUUCUGAGUUACACCUCAUGGGACAGGAUAGACAAGGGCGAAUUUCAGCAUCUCCGUAUGUUGCUGCUGAGCAGCGGUAGAGGCAAGAGCUCAGGCGAGGUCUCCCCUGGAAAUGCUGCAUCAAGUGAUGGUAACAUCAGCGAAAAUGGCGAUGUGGAGGAGGACGACCGAACGGCAUUCGGCUUAUUUCUGUUCCCAACUAUAAAGGAGAGCGAGAACGGCAAGUUUUACAGGGUUGGGACUUGGCAUUCGUUCUGUAACGGAAAAGGAGGGUUUGUGAGGUUCCUACAGUAUGCGACGGUUGAGUCUUUGGUUCUAGUCUGA